GCGUAACAACUGCAAAAUGUAAAAAGCCCUCAACCCCAGAAAAAAGAGCUCCAACCUUUCCCUUCCAAUCUUCUCUAUAAAUACUCUUCCUCUCCAUCCUCUGCCUCUCCUCACCAUCGAUUCCAUUUCCCCCAACCUUCCCUUACCAACUAUAUAUAUUCUCUCUACAAAUCCCUCCGCCGCAACCGGCAUAUGUCUCAGCGUCCAAACGUCCCCCACUUCUCCGCCGUCGCCUUCCGCCACCAUUCCCAUCUCCUCCUUUCCACCCACAUCUCCAUUUCCUCUCCCAAUAGCUAAUCCAAUCUUCCCCUGUUUUUCAAUUGAUUCCCCCCCCCCUGCUUAAUCACCCACGUCGAAAUUUGAUUCCAGCUCCUAAUCCUACACAAUGGGUUUGAAAGGAUUUCUCGAGGGAGGCGUGGCUUCCAUCGUCGCCGGCUGCUCCACCCACCCAAUCGACCUAAUCAAGGUCCGGAUGCAGCUCCAGGGCGAAUCCUCCGCCUCCACCGCCGCCCUCCGACCAGCCCUCGCCUUUCCUCACCACCACCACGGGACCUCAAUUCACAUCCCCGCGCCGCCCCGCGUCGGCCCAAUUGCGGUCGGCGCUCGAAUCGUCCAGCAGGAAGGCGUCAAGGCCCUGUUCUCCGGCGUCUCCGCCACCGUCCUCCGGCAGACCCUCUACUCCACGACCCGGAUGGGAAUCUACGACAUCCUCAAGCAGAAAUGGACCGACCCUUCAACCAAAAUCAUGCCGCUCCCCAAAAAAAUCUCCGCCGGCCUGAUCGCCGGCGCGAUCGGCGCCGCCGUGGGAAACCCCGCCGACCUCGCCAUGGUGCGGAUGCAGGCCGACGGCCGCCUCCCGGCGGCGCAGCGGCGGAACUACACCAGCGUUGUGGACGCGAUCGCUCGGAUGUCGCGGCAGGAAGGGAUCGUGAGCCUGUGGCGCGGGUCGGCGAUGACGGUGAACAGGGCAAUGCUGGUGACGGCGUCGCAAUUGGCGUCGUACGACCAGUUCAAGGAGACGAUUCUGGAGAAAGGGGUGAUGGGCGACGGGCUGGGGACCCACGUGACGGCGAGCUUCGCGGCGGGGUUCGUGGCGGCGGUGGUUUCGAACCCGGUGGAUGUGAUCAAGACGAGGGUGAUGAACAUGAAGGUGGAUGCGGGGAAGGCGGCGCCGUACGCCGGCGCGCUGGAUUGCGCGAUCAAGACGGUGAGGGCGGAGGGCCCCAUGGCGCUCUACAAAGGGUUUGUGCCGACGAUUUCGCGGCAGGGCCCGUUCACGGUGGUGCUUUUCGUGACGCUGGAACAGGUCCGGAAGCUGUUCAAGGAUCUCUGAUGAAGCCGCCGGAGAAGGGAAAUAGUCAAUCAACGUGGCCGGGAAGAAAAGUCAAUAUACCGAUAUUAGCUCUUAGUAAUAAGCCUUUGAUUGAGUAAUAUCGCCCGGUGAUAGUGUGAGUGUCACAAUAUCAACGUCUGUUGUUGACCACAUGAGUGAAUAUGUUAAAUUUUGGUUUUUAUAAAUGUGCUUUGCUUUGCCUCCUUCCUCCAACAAUCUGGGAUGAAGAAGAAGAAGACAAAGAUCUGUGUGUACUUCCUAGCUUAACCGCAAAUGGCAUUUUGAAAGCGUAUAAUAUAGACAUAAUAAAAAUCUUAAGUUCGAAGUUAGGAGAAAGAGUGCGUACAAAUACAAUUGUACCAUUUUGAAAGGGAAUUGAUCCUUUGUAUCAUUAAUCAUUUUGUCAGUUUGAAGAUUUUUUGCCACAUAGUAAUCUCUUUAGCUUUCUUUGAACAGUGCUGAUGAAUGCAGUCAAAAUUGUGUUUUAAGUAUUAAAAAAUUAUGUUUUCACUAUUUUAGGUUCAUCGAAACGUUUUUAUAGUGUUUUUCACUUAUAAGCAAGGAUUGAAAUAUCGUGCCAGAGGUUGUACCGGAAAAGUCAGCGGUAGGAUAUUCAUGCUAAAUCCGUGGUUUAAUCGUGGUUCAACCGCUUCAUACCGCUAAAUAUUGCCUACUAGUUUAGCCCCCGGUAGAAGGUUUUUCUGGUCGAACCACUGGUACGGUACGAUAUUUCAAUUCUUGCUUAUAAGUGUAGUCAAAAUCUACGCUUUAAAGUUUCUCAAAAAAAAAUCUACGCUUUAAAACUUAAAAUCUUAAAAAAUUUAACCUAUCGCCAAAACGCUUAUACGGAGGGCCACGCUUUUGACAACAUUGAUGUUUACGCCUAGAAAGUGCCAGGCGGGUUGUGAAGACCAAUGAGAAGAUCGACAGUCCACCCAAGAUGAGGGAAUACACCGUUUCCUGCAAAAGGGGUCCGGGGGCGUUGCCCGGGGACACUCUCCAAUGCUUAAGUCAGUAUUGAGAGAGAAAAUAGGGAGAGAGAUUGUAGAGAGAGAGUGAAAUUAGUUACCAUAAAUGAGGUUGUUGGCUCUUAUUUAUACCCCGUGGCUAUUGGCGCCUGUACACGAUGUCUUGUCAUACAUACCUCGUACUCCUCCACACGAGGUACGCUUGCGGCGGCAUUUAAUGCUGUUAGUCCCGGCUCCACCCAUCGCGCCUGUUCUACACGGGACGCUCUCCCCUUGAUUCCUUGCUCAAUGGGCCGAUCUGUUUUCUCCCGAGCUUACGUGGGCCUUCCCUCCUUGGGCCGUCUCGGGCCCUCUGGUCCCUAUCGUUGGCUCGCGGGUUAUUGGGCCUGCUCCCCUGUUACCUCGACUACCCGAGCCUUUUAUCCAUCUCCUACUACGUGGGUCUUGAUCCAGAUGGUGAUCCCCAAUGGCCCAACAAUUGUCUCGCAGGCGGGUAAAGCCUCCGGGUUUGGACGGCUGAUCUUCCGUGUUUUAGGGCGGGAUCACCCUCUGGGUCAAUGAACCGCCCUUAUCCUG